AUGAGGGAAGGGUUGAGAUCUCGGACUCGGUCGGGGAAGGUUUCUGGUGAAAGAAAGGUUGUUCAGAAGGGAAGGGUUUCUGUGAAGAAUGCUAGUGAUAAUUUAGUUUCGGGGGAUGAGGGUUUUGAGGCACCUUCUUUGUUGAUUGAGAAGAAAGGCGAUGGUAAUUUGGUUUCGUGUGAAGAGGGUUUAGAAGCACCUACCUUGUUGAUUGAGAAGAAAGACGAUGAUAAUUUGGUUUCAUGUGAUGAGGGUUUAGAGGCACCCACCUUGUUCAUUGAGAAGAAAGACGAGGAUUUAGUUUCCGGGGAUGAGGGUCUAAAGGCACCUACCUCGUUGAUUGAGAAGAAAGACGAGGAUUUGGUUUUCAGGGAUGAGGGUUUAGAGGCACCUACCUCGUUGAUUGAGAAGAAAGACGAGGAUUUGGUUUUCAGGGAUGAGGGUUUAGAGGCACCUACCUCGUUGAUUGAGAAGAAAGACGAGGAUUUGGUUUUCAGGGAUGAGUGUUUAGAGGCACCUACCUCGUUGAUUGAGAAGAAAGACGAGGAUUUGGUUUUCAGGGAUGAGUGUUUAGAGGCACCUACCUCAUUGAUGGAGAAGAAAGACGAGGAUUUAGUUUUGGGGGAUGAGGGUUUAGAGGCACCUACCUCGUUGGUUGAGAAGAAAGACAUGGAUUUAGUUUUGGGGGAUGAGGGCUUAGAGGCACCUACCCUGUUGAUUGAGAAGGAAGACAAGGUUGAAUGUGCUGGUGAAGUUGACUGUGCUGGCGAAGUUGAAUGUGCUGUGAAAACAAAACUUGACUUGGAUUUGAAUGCCAGUCCAAGUGUAGAUAUUGACUUAGCUGAGAAUGAGAGCUGUUUGGAUUUAAAGGUGAACAUGAGUGGAAAUGUUGUCUUAGCUGAGAAUGGGAAUAGUAGCCCUAGGAGUUGUUUAAAAGAUGGUGAUAGUAAUAUAGAAGCUGAGGUUGAUAGGGAGGUGAGUGGGGCUAGAGUAUUGCGGUCAAGGUUAAAGACGGGAGACUACAAAAAAUCUGAUAAUGGAGGGAAUGACACUGCUGGGAAUAUUGGAGAACCUGGUGGGUUUGACGAGCUUAAAGAAGCUGGUGGGAUUUUAACUGUUGGGAACGAGAUUGAAAGAGUUGAGGUGAAAAUGGGAGGGAAGGGCAAGAAGAAAUUGAAACGGAAGCGUGGGAGGCCUCCGAAAACGGAGAUAAAAGAGAAAGAUGAAUUUGUUGACCAGCACCAGCCACCUCCGCGUAAGGUUGGGAGGCCUCCAAAAACUGAGAUAAAAGAGAGAGGUGAAUUAGUUGAUCAGCCACCACGUAGGGUUGGGAGGCCUCCAAAAACAGAGAUGAAAGAGAAAGAUGAAUUAGUUGAUCAGCCACCGCGUAGGGUUGGGAGGCCUCCGAAAACAGAGAUAAAAGAGAAAGGUCAAUUAGUUGCUCAGCCGCUGAGUAAGUUUGGGAGGCCUCUCAAAGAAGUUAUAAAAGAGGAUGAUCAGUUAGUUCAGGCACCGCGUAAGCGUGGAAGACCUCCCAAAACCGACCAACAAAAGUAUCCAAUGACUGUGUCACAUAAUAGUAACGGAAAGGCGAGAAAUGAAAAUGGGAAAAAAGUUUCCAGUAAAAAGUUUAAAAAGAAGAGGAAAUCAAAUACUGUGAAAGCACCUGCUGCCAAUCAAAGAAAAAAACGUGAACAAAAGCAGUUGGUGAGUAAUCAAAUAAUGGAAUGUCUCUCGGAUGCAGGAUGGACUGUUGACCAUAGACCUAGAAAAGACGGAAGAGAUUAUCACGAUGCAGUAUAUGUUGCUCUGGAUGGAAGAACACAUUGGUCAAUUACCUUGGCGUACAAGAGGCUUAAAGCGCGUUAUGAAGCGGGGGAUGGUGAAGGUAAGCUGUACAGACCAGGAUUCAAAUUUACACCAAUACCAGAGGAAGAUUUCAAAUUAUUGACUAGAGUAGUUACCAAGAAAAGAUGUUCAGCUAAAAGUAAUGUUGAUGGGGUCAAUCGAAAAGAGAAAAAAAUAAAACCAGGUUCUGGUGCAGGCAAGGGUAAGUCAGUGAAAGGGAAAAUGAAAAGGAAAAGAUCACUUGCCGAGGAUGGCGAUACAGAUUUUAAAUCACCUAACAGGUUGCCGGUUCUGGCCAGGGAUCGGAAGCGGCAGAAAACACAGAACAAGACGCGAGGUGCUCUGUUGGUUCGUGAUGCUACAGAAGAGGUAGAUUCAGAAAUUAACGGAUAUGUGCCAUACAUCGGAAAACGAACUAUACUUGCCUGGAUGAUUGAUUUGGGCACAAUCCCUCAAAAUGGGAAGGUCUGUUAUAUGCAAGACAAGUUGGAAAUUGCUCCACUGGAAGGUAAGAUCACAGGUGAUGGUAUCCACUGUGGCUGCUGUAAUUCAAUCAUAACAGUUUCAGACUUUGGAGUUCAUGCAAGAAGCAAACAAUCUGAUCCUCUUAAAAAUAUAUAUACGGAGGAUGAAACUUCACUCCUACAGUGCCUGCUAGAUUCAUGGAAUAAACAAGAUGAAUCUGAACGUAAAAGUUUUCAUUUUGUUGAUGUUGUGGGUGAAGAUCCUAAUGACGAUACAUGUGGUAUUUGUGGAGAUGGUGGAGACCUGAUGUGCUGUGAUGGUUGCCCAUCAACGUUCCAUAAAAGCUGUUUGGAUAUAAAAAAGUUUCCAUCUGGUGACUGGCACUGCAUUUACUGUUGUUGCAAAUUUUGUGGGUUGGUUGGUGGAAGUUCAAACCAAAAUGUUGUCAAUGACGAGUUUACUAUGCCUGCAUUGCUCACAUGCCAUUUAUGUGGGGAAAAAUUUCACAAAUCCUGUAUUGAGGCAAAUGGUGGUAAGACUGAUGAUUCUGGCGAUGCAUUAUUUUGCGGAAGCAAAUGUCAAGAGUUAUCCGAGGGACUUGAAAGGCUUCUUGGGGUUAAACAUGAAACUGAAGAUGGGUUUUCUUGGUCUUUUAUUUGGCGAUCAGAUGUUGGCGUUGAUGCUUCUCUGACAAAGCCUCAUCUGGUAGAGUGUAAUUCAAAGCUGGCUGUUGCAUUAUCAAUAAUGAAUGAGUGCUUCAUGCCAUUUAUUGAUCAUAGAAGUGGGACCAAUCUGAUCCGCAGUAUUGUAUAUAAUUGUGGGUCAAACUUCAAACGCCUGAAUUAUAGUGGGUUCAUUACUGCGAUUCUAGAGAGAGGUGAUGAGAUCAUAUGUGUUGCAUCUAUCAGGAUCCAUGGGAACCAACUCGCAGAGAUGCCAUUCAUUGGAACCCGCUAUAUGUAUAGGCGACAAGGCAUGUGCCGUCGGCUUCUAAAUGCCAUUGAAAGGGCCCUCAAUUCUUUACAUGUUGAGUUAUUAAUCAUACCAGCUAUAUCAGAACUCAAAGAAACCUGGACUUCUGUUUUUGGGUUUGAGCCACUUGAUCAAACACGCAAGCAAAUAACAAAGAACAUGAAUCUGUUGGUGUUCCCUCACGUAGAUAUGCUACAGAAGAAGAUAUCAAAGCAUGACUUUACUAAUGAAAAUUUGAUUCCUACUGAAGUUUCCAAUCAUAAGAAGAAUCAUACUACAUGCAAGGUAGCAAAUCUGGACGGGAAUGACUCAACUGGAUCUGAUUGUUGCAAGAAAAUUGAUAACUCAUUGAAUAACACACCUGACAUUACUAGCGACAACGUACAGAACAGUAAAUCUACAAAAGAUGUCACAUGUCAAGCUGUAUGUCAGACCGUUCAUGAACAAUUGGUUGUGGACAACAAAAGCACUGAAAUUGCUGGUGAGCAUGUGGCUGAUUCUUGUUGCCAAGUUGGAGAUUACGAUGGUGCACUGUUGGAGGUUACUGAAAAUUGUUCAAACAAGGUCAAAGUAACAACUGACGUUGGUUUAAAUAACAUUUGUGCUGAAAAAUCUGCACUCUCUGGGGCAGAAAAUAUUCCUAUUGACUCACCAGUCGUGUUUAGGACAAGGGAAUCAAAAUAUUCUGCUGACAUUAACCAUGAUUCACACAAGAUUUCUGACAGUUGUGAACUUAGAUUUAAGACCUCUGCUCAAUCAGACGGUAUUGGAUCAGAAGAAGUACAUACUCAAUUCGACAAUGGUUGCAGCACUCAUUCUUUACCAGAUGGUGAUAUUGCCUCUGGUGUAGCAGGUCUCCCAACCAACAUCUUGAUGAACACUGAAUCACAGAAUAUUACCCAAGAUUUGCCUGUUAGUUGUGAAAACAAUUUAAGUGUUAGUGUGCCAAAUGCUGAUGAAGCAGAACUAUGUUAUUCCAAAACCAUUGAUCUCCAAACAAACAAAAAUCCUGGAGAUUGUCAAUCUAUACUAGUGUCUUCCGGUAUUUGUAAGGAAAUUGCAGAUGGUGUCAAUGAGACGAAUAAAGCAUCCAGUGAAGCUGAUACUGGUUGUCUUCCUGCUGAUAUUGAAAUAAUUCUUGAUGAUAAACCUGGUUCUCAUUCUAGAUCCAAUGGUCGUAGUGUCUCCAACGAAGCAGGUCUCACCAACAACGUUUUGAUUCAUCUUGAAUCGCAGAAUAUUACCAAACAUUUUCCUGUUAAUUGUGAAAACAAUUCUAGUGGUCAUGGAGAUUGCCACUACAUACUAGAAUCUUCAGCUGUUUGUGAGAAAAUUACAGAUGGGGUCAGUGAGAGGAAUAAAGCGCCCAGUGCUGCUGAUGCCAAUGAUCUUCCAAUUGAUAUUGAAGUAGUUCCCAAUAACAAGCCUGAGAUAAAGGAGUCUUCAGAGCCUGUGAAGCCUGAUAUGCAGGUUGAUCAAACUGAACAGAGUGAAACUAACACUGCUUCAGGUGCGGCUCUGCACUGUACAUCUGCUGGCAGUACUUCAUGUGGUAGUGCUGACGGCUUAGUUCUGUUAAACCAAGACAGUUGA